GGCUAAAGUUGUGUCACAGUGUUUAGUUGCUAGGCUGCUAGCUGGUGAUCUCUCCACACAGACUUACUGACUCGUUUUAAUCUCUAAAUCACAAAGCCAUGCAAACACUGUAAUAAUCCAAAACGGGGAAUGUAUGCAGAGAUACAUCGGAUGCAGUGGUGAUCUUUGAGCUCGGGUUAAACAAACAGCGUCGGAGGUUAACUAACUCAACCACCCACAUAGAGGCGCCUCUUGCUAACCUAGCAUCCUCGCUACCUCUUGACAUGUCAACAGUCUGCCUCAGUGGUUUGUUACUGCAGCUAUUUAGACUUUAUGGCAUUCAUAUGAACGUUAACGGUGUCGAUACAUGUCAGUGUAACGUUAUGCAAAACGUGUGGAUCCAGUAACACCUCCAUGAUCCGGUAAAACAGGACGAACAAGCUGGCAAAGAUGGAGCUGCAGAGAUCAACGACAUGAGACAGGACAUGAGACAGCCUGUCCUUCUUCUGUAUAUUGUCUCUGCAUGGAAAAUGUUGUCAACUUACCAAAAAAUAACUAUGAACUGGAAAGUCACAAGAUGGUGAAUGUAUUCCCUUGUACACCCCUAUUCUCAUGACACCAACCGGGAGAUAUGGGCAUCCUAAGACUGGGAGCCAGAAUCAUGGGUAGGAUCAGUACUUUCAGGUCCUAUCAGUUUGUGCUUCUCCUGGCUGCCGCACUCGCUGUUGUAGCUUUUUACUACUUCGGCUCAGAGAGGCAGAACUUCUCCAGCACCACGAAGCGGAUCAAGCACACGCAGGCCACCCACAAUGCCAACAGAAACGAUGCUGACCUAACCGUGGAUACCAGUCUCUCACACCCAGCUGGAUCUGAAGAGCAAGGAGGGGAAGAUCGAGAUGUAGGAGGAGGAGGAGAGAGCGAGGGAGUUAGUUCCAGGAAAGGGGACAGUGGUAGCACUGGUGACCAACGCUACCACGCACUCAUGAUGUUCACCAAGGUGGACAAGAGCCGGAGCCUGCAGGACAAGUUCAGGGUGGCCAUGUUGUCGAUGGCUAAGCAUGGAAACUUCAUGGAAGGAGAGGUGUUGGUCCUUCAUUUUGUGAGCGACCAAGCCAGCAAAGAACUGGGAGAGAGGAUGCUGCAGGAGUUUCUCCUCGAUGCAACAUUUAAGUACGAGGUUUUGUUCCAUGACGUGGUGGCUCUCACACAGAAGCUCUUCCCCAUCGUGGAGGCCAUGCAGAAGCACUUCAGCGCCGGCUCUGGGGCUUACUACAGCGACGCCAUCUUCUUCCUGUCUGUUGCCAUGCAUCACAUCAUGCCUGACAGUCUGACGCGCAUAGUGCAGCUUGACCUGGACCUGAAAUACAGGACCAACAUCAGGGACCUUUUCCAGGAAUUUGACCAGUUUCCUCCAGGAGCGGUAAUAGGCAUCGCCAGAGAGAUGCAGCCAGUCUACAGACACACCUUCUGGCAGUAUCGUAAGGAGAACCCUCAGACCAGAGUAGGUGAUCCUCCUCCCGAAGGCCUACCAGGCUUCAACAGCGGCGUGAUGUUAUUGGACCUUGGUGCUAUGAGGGACUCGGCUAUCUACAACCAACUGUUGCAGCCUAGCAAUGUGGCCAAACUAGCAGACCAGUAUCGCUUCAGGGGCCACCUAGGGGACCAGGAUUUCUUCACUAUGAUCGGCAUGGAGCACCCCGAACUGUUUUAUUCGCUGGCCUGUGGGUGGAACCGACAGCUGUGCACAUGGUGGAGGGACCACGGUUACGGAGACGUGUUUCAGAUGUAUUAUCGCUGCGAUGGACUCGUCUAUAUCUACCAUGGGAACUGUAACUCCCCGAUACCAGAUGACUGAUGUAGGCACUGGACUGAUGCUGGAACUGAAAAGGAGUCUAUGACAUCUAGAAUAUAGUUUAAGGAAAAUAUUUUUCCUGCUUUUUGGAAGGGAGGAUUGUGUGGCAGUUUGCUUUCUUGACCACCGUACUGCCGGUGUAGUCACAGACUCUGCCCCCUGCUGGCCAAGGGGCUAGUGAAGGGCCCAUCCAUACAAAGAUACGACCAAAUGAUGUUCAUCGGUGUCAAGGAGCUGCAAUAGUUGGGGCGUGUCUCUUCAGGUACAGAGAUGAUGAAAUGAUGAAAUAUGAUAUACGAAGUCAAGUAUGAGUAACAGAUCUAUUAGUUUGAAGACUUAAGAGUAAAAAUACACUGAUUUAUGUUACAAAAUAAUCUACCUAGAACAUGUUCUUGCCUGUAUUUGAUUGGCCAAUGCAGUGCCUUGCUGAAUGAUGAAGAAAUCAUACGAUUUUGUAGAUGAACGGAUUAGUUGAUUUAAUCGUCAGAUCUGUAAAAUUGAGUUUCAACACAAAAGCACCACUUUAAAUCUUGUGUUUACCAGAUAUGUGCUCAUAAGGUUCUUAGAAAUAAGUUAUUAAAAUCAUAAAAAAUUAAUAAUCGACUAAAGAAAUCUUAGUCGACUAAGACCAAAAUGACGAUUAAUCGACUAAGAGGGGGCAGCCCUAGAUGUCGCAUUGCGUUGCGGAGAAAGUUCAACUUUUUUUUGCAGGGGCCCUCUGCAUGGCACCCCGCUGCCUCCACGCUGAAAUCAUUCAAAGUAAAUAUGGGGGUUAAUGUCAGUAUCAAUGAUGCCUAAUACGUCAUACAUUGUCAAUGUCAAGGCAUUUUUCUUUUCAUUUGCUUAUACAAUAAUUGAUCUCAAUAAAUGUUUAUAUUUGUUUUGAGGAGAAUCUAAAA